AUGGCGUUAAAAUUUAGAGUUCGCGAUGAAGAUUUUGGUACCUGGAUACCCUCUCAAGAAAGUAUGGAUACUCAAAGUGAAAACGAUUCCGCAGUUACGGCAAAAUUCACUCACAUCCUUCAAAAGGACGCCUUCCUUGUAUUCAGGGCUUUGUGUAAAUUGUCCAUGAAACCUCUACCUGAAGGAACGCCUGAUCCGAAAUCUCAUGAGCUUCGGUCUAAAAUUUUAUCCCUGCAAUUACUACUGUCAAUUCUUCAGAACGCCGGUCCAGUAUUUAGAUCUAAUGAUAUGUUCAUCACAGCGAUUAAGCAGUAUUUGUGUGUAGCUUUAUCCAAAAACGGAGUCAGUUCCAUACCAAAGGUAUUCGAACUUUCGCUCGCCAUUUUCUUGGCGCUCUUAUCGAAUUUUAAACUUCAUCUCAAGAUGCAGAUCGAGGUAUUUUUUAAGGAAAUAUUCUUGAAUAUCUUGGAGACUUCAAAUUCUUCCUUUGAGCACAAGGUAAGAUUAUUUUAA